AAGAGACAUAUCAGGUGUUUUCGUUUUCGUUUUCGGAAAACUGGAAAAUCCGAUUACUUGUUCUGAAUUCAACGAACUCUUUAAAUUGAAUUGAAAACAAACUUACCGCUCCGAAUGAACGUGUUAUCAAUAAUCGGAAUAUUAUAACUAAAUUACGUAAUAAUGGGUAACGGUGGAAAUGGCGGAUCCGGGGGUGGUGGCGGUGGCGGCGGUGGCGGAAUGUUUGGUGGUGGUGCAGGUGGUGGAGGCGGUGGUGGCGGCGGUCAUAAGGUCAUUUCAGAACAAAGAUCUUACGCUGUUGACGUGAUCAUAGAAUCAAACUCCGUGUUUCCUUUGGGAAUUGGGGAUCAAAAGAAUGGAAAUGACGAGGGACCGCCAAAACGCUAGUUCCUCACCGGGCAAUUCAAGUUCAGUCAGCGUUUGACCGAUUUUAAUCUCUGAAAUCAAACGUCACCAAAUAUAUAUAUAGAAGAACAUAUAUAAACACAGGACCUUACACAAUUUCAAGAAUAUUUGGUACAACAUUCACGCCUGUUAUGUUGCUUACUCCAUUUUACAAGUUGGUUUCCUAAAUAAUAUAUGUAAUAAAUAAUACAAAAAUAA